CAACACUAAAAGCAGCAGCAGCAGCAGGGCAGAAUGACUCAGGUGGAAGUCCAGACACCAGCUGCAAGAUGCAGGCACAGCCACAGAGAUAAUGCUUUACUCUGGAGGGAAAGCAAAAAUGCUGCUCAGUUUGCUAAGGGAGUGGAGAAGUGUCAUCCAGCGUCAGGAGUGCAACGCAGUGAUUUGGAGGAGGAAAACCAAGAAGAGGAACAAGAGUCCGCCUCCUGUCUCACUGAUGCUGUGCAGGUUGGUGGCCCCGCUGAACACAAACACCUGGCCGCACCUGACGGGGGCUGGGGCUGGGUUGUGCUCGUAGCCACCGUGUUGGUUCUGUCUCUAACGCUGGCAUUCCCUUCAUGCAUCGGCAUCUUCUACAGAGACCUUCAAACUGAGUUCAAAACCAGCAACACGGAGACCUCCUGGGUGCCGGCAAUCAUGACCGCCAUGCUGCAUGCUGGAGGUCCUUUAUGCAGCAUGUUAGUGGAGCGUUUUGGUUGCCGGGUAACAGUGAUGGUUGGCGGGCUCUUAAGUGGACUGGGCAUGGCGGUCUCUGCCCUGGCCAGGACCAUCACUGAAAUUUACAUCACUAGCGGCAUCACAGGACUGGGAUUCUGCCUUUCUUUCCAGCCAUCAGUGACGAUCAUGGGCCACUACUUUGUGCGACGUCGGGUCUUUGCUAAUGCCUUGUCGUCCACCGGCACGGCUGUAGGCCUGACCACUUUACCCCUGAUUGCCAAUGUCCUGCUCGGUCAGUUUGGCUGGCGCGGCAGCUUCCUGAUUCUGGGCGGUGUGCUGCUAAACUGCUGUGUAUGUGGGGCAGUGAUGAGGCCCAUUGCAUCAGGACCAAACAAACCCAGAUGCUCUCAGGUUUUGGAUAAAACAAACGACCUCUCUCUGCAGCAGGAGACAAAGGGGGUCAAAAGCAAUGUAAAGACUGUGCUUCAGGGCUUUAUAGCAUUCCUACACAGACAUAUGGCCUUUGACCUGCUCGUGAUUAAUCCUCGCUACCGCGCUUAUGCUGUGGGAGUGACCUGGAUGACACUGGGGUGUGUAGUGCCUCUGGUCUAUCUGGUGCCUUAUGCUACUCACCACAACAUGGAAAUAGACCGUGCGGCCUUCCUGAUGUCAGUCCUGGGCCUGGUGAACAUUGCAGUGCGACCGACGGCUGCCCUAGUCUUGGGCCUGCCACGCUUCAGAGACAGCAGCAGCUUCGUGUACGUGUUUGCCGGUGCUGUGCUCGUGAACGGGCUGAGUAACUGCAUCUGUGGAGCGUCGGCCUCCUUCGAAGUUCUCCUGGUGUACGUGGUGAUCUUUGGACUGUCCAUGAGCGUGGGUGGCUCGCUGCUCUAUACUGUGCUGAUGGACAUUGUGGAGAUGAACCGCUUCCCCUCAGCCCUUGGACUUCUCUGCAUGCUGCAAAGUGGAACAAUGCUCAUUGGGCCACCUCUAGCAGGUAUGUUGGUGGACCACACAGGCCAGUAUUCGUAUGUCUUCUACGCGUGCAGUGUGUGUGUAUUCUCUGCCAGCCUCUUUCUCCUGGGGUUCUUCUACUUCCUGGACAGCAAAAACGAUGAGGAGAAGAAAAAGAGCAUGAAGACGCCAUCAGCUAUCUAUCAGAAGCCUGUUGUAAUCCUGGCCCCUGACUGCCAGUAUGUCGCCUCAAAAGGAGGAACAUCAGAAAACGCAGUGUAUGUUACCAGUGUGUGAUUGAAGAACACACAUUUGCAUAGAAGAGAAACUGUUUACAGCUUUAAAACAGUGCAUUGAUAAACUCUUGGGUCUGAAAUUUUUAAUCUUUAAGUUUGAUUUUCUAUAAAGUCACACUAUGUUUCCUCCCACUGCUCCUUUGUCAAACUGCAGCCAGUAACAGUAUGACAUUUUCUUUUUCUGUUACUGCACUGUAUUACGAAGCCCUUUAUUUUCUCAUGAAGUUAUUUAAGUUUAUUUAAAAUUAAUGUUGGUUGGAAUUUGUAUUCACUGUUUUAAAGAGGAAUAAUUGCUUAGGAUUUUUAGAUUAUUUUAUGCUAAAGUUUUUUUAAUGGUAAAAUAUUAAGUAGACCGUUGUAAUAAAUUACUAAUGUUUACAACUUUUACAGAUUAUUUUGGUAUUAAUAUUCAACACUGUAAAUGUAUUAUUUUGCAUACAUUUACCUUUUCACUGUGUGACAGAUUACAAACUCAGUGCCACUCCACAUGAUCAAGUUUGAUGUUUAUGUAAAACCGUGGCUUGUUUUGAACAAAGUUAUUUUUGGCCCUAUACUCAAUUUUUGGUUUAAUAAAAACUGUCAUGAAAUUAUUUUAAUAAGGGGUGUUCUUUUCCCUGUAAAUUAACAGGAAAAACAUCCUAUAUCCUGGUGCAUAGGUGGCAUUGCAGGCUCAAUUUCAAAAUUAUGUAAAUAUUUUCCAAUCAUCCAGUUGUAUAUGUCAUAUCUGUUGAUGCUACACAUGACAGGCUUUUUUAAGGCUAAAAGGGAAUUCGCAAAAUUAUACAGAUUAUUUUCAAGUAGGACUGCAACUGCGUGUUAGCUAUUUAAAGAAUUAUGUUUUUUUUUAAAUAAAAAAAUGUUUGUAUUAACAUCCUUUAAAUCAGUUUGAUUUAAUGGAGGUGUGAUGUGCUGUGCGUGGUAAAACAAAAACUAGAUGAUAAAACAGAAUUAUAACUAAUAUUCAAGCAGGAUUAUACACUUUAUUUUAUGAAAUAAACGUAAAACAUGGCUGUUACUGGAUUCUUUUAAAAACCGUUGCUGUACUAUGGGGUAUUUCUGUUAUCUUCUCCUUUCUCCUUACCUUGUAGAUUUGGGACAAACGAUUCUGAUUUGAUAUUUUGGAUUGUGCUGUGUGUUGUUUAUCCCUGGAGCAUUUUUUGUCCCCUUCUUAGACACCUGAUAAAGAUGUUUUAAUGAAUAAAUUGAUUUUAGUUGUAGCUUGUGCCAGCUUUUUUCUCCUCCAGUUGGUUUACGUUUGUUAGUAUCUCCUUGUUUGUUGCUUUUUGAGUGCAGAGCAGACAGUGAUGUAUCCAGAACAUUUUUUCUGGGGUGGCCAAGAUGGGGCACAGAGCCUUUAUGAAGGCACAUGAUCAAAAUGUGUAAAUUUCACAUUUCUUUGCUUCAGCAUCUACACAUACAGUAGGCUAUAUGUAAUAAUUGAAUUCUAAAAC